AUGCUACGUAAACUUCUACCUCAACGAACUUUGUCGACGACAAUCACAUGGUUUCGUGCGCUCUCACUAACACCAGUAUCUCACGGUCGGCCGCCACCUGAAGUUUUCCGAGGUAGUAAUUGGCAACCGCCAGAUGUUAUUCAAACGGACGACGAUCCGAAUCCACCUAGCAUCCCUGAUGAUUGGGAUAAGUACAAUCGAGUUGUCUAUCCACCAACAGCGCCAGGAGAAACACCGCGAGCAGGAUAUGUGCAUCAUUGUCGAACGUUUAUUCGGGGAAAUAUUAAGAAAUACUGGUUUCUUGCUCAAAUGGUUCGUGGAAUGAAUAUUGAUGAAGCCAUUCGACAAUUAUCUUUCCAUAAACUACCAACAGCACUUCUUAUGCGAGAUACGUUGAUCGAAGCACAGGAAAUGGCUAUAAAAGAACAUAAUAUUGAAUAUAAAUCCAAUCUUUGGGUGUCUCAAUCGUACACGAAACGCGCUUUGAUUAUCAAAGGCCUACGACGAAGGCCAAAAUACAGUUACACGGCUAUCCAUUAUCGUUAUUUUCAUUAUAUGGUCCGUUUAGAAGAAGGGCCAGCACCUGGCAAAGAAGGUCUCUAUGGACCGAAAUACCCUGAACUGAAUGUUCGUAUACAGAAACGAUUAGAACAGUUGAAUGACCGUAGACUUCUGGGCACUAUUGCAUAA